AUAAAAAAAUAUAUUGUUUGUGACCUUUUUAUUGUUAAAUUGGUAUUUUCUUUACAUCAAUAUUUAAUAAAUUGUUUUGUCUGUUUUUCAGUUCGACAUUAUAAUAUUGACACUGAUAAAGUGUAUCUCAUGCAUGAUGACCUUGACAGAGCUUUGGGCAAAGUCAGCAUCAAGGAGGGCGGCAGUGCUAGUGGUCAUAAUGGUGUUAAAUCAGUUCAAGGUGUGUUGGGAUCUGAAGCAAAUAAGAUUUUCAAAGUCCGCGUUGGGAUAGGGAGACCCAGCAGUAGAGACGAGGUGAUAGAAUAUGUUUUACAUAACUUUACACAGGAAGAAUCAGCUGGUGUCCAGGAGGGUGUAAGGAAAGCACUGCAAUCAUUGACCUGGCACUUACAGGACCGAGGGGAAGAUGUGCUUCUCCUAACAAACUUGUAUGGAAUAAAUCCAAAAAUUCUACAACGGAUAAAGAAAAUAAAAAAUCUAAAAGCUAGGGAAAGGGAAUUAUCAAACAACACAGAUUUAGGUAUGUCAAAGACAUGCGUGACAGAAUCAGAGGAACAUGUGCAAUCAACAGACAAACAUUUACACACAGCAUCAGGGUCCCAUUUAGACCGGAAUGUAAAUGUACCUUCUAUGGACAAACAAAAGGAUACGACCAUACAUAGAACACAUUCACAAGAAGGGGAGGUAACUAUUGGUAUAGAAGUGAAGAGGAUGAAAGGUGAAUGAAAUAUAGCGGUGUAUAAAUGUAUUGUGAAUUCAAGGACAAUGAGACCUUAACUGGGGGUCAAAUGAGUGAAAUGUUGUUCAUGUAUACCUGCUGAAAUAGUUCGGAAGUGGACGUGGAUGACUAUAUAGUACAUGUAACAGUGUAUGUUUAAAAAGGAAUAAAUUGUGUAAAGUUGAA